CAAGAGACACAAUAAGCAAAGCAAGAUUAAUUAAAGUGGAAAAUAAAAAUAUCCAUUCAAAUAGCCACUACCUCAAGCUUUUAAUUGAGUAUUUAUAUCACAUCUUUGUGGGAGAGUUUGAGCAAAAAAAAAUAAGAAAAUAAAACAUUUGAAAGUUUUUAGAUCGUUCGUGUGCGAGGCAAAAUGUCUUUGUAUUGUCGAAAUUUCUCAAAUUUAAUUGCUAAACGUUGCUUUGCGUCGUCAUCGAAGAUUCCAGAUCUUACAAAGGAUCGAUAUCCCAUUCAACGUGGACAAUAUGCUGAACUAUCUGACAAAGAUUACGCACAAUUUGAGUCAAUUUUAGAUAAGAAUCGCGUUUUAACAGGUUCUGAUACUCAAGGCCACAACAUUGAUUGGUUGAGAAGUGUUCGAGGAUAUUCCAAUGUUGUGUUAAAGCCAAAGACAACAGAAGAAGUUUCUGAGAUUUUAAAAUAUUGCAACUCUCGGAAACUUGCUGUAUGUCCGCAGGGUGGAAACACGGGAUUGGUUGGCGGAUCAGUUCCAGUUUUCGAUGAAGUCGUGAUUUCAUUAAAUUCUAUGAACAAAAUUGAAUACAUUGAUGAAUAUUCUGGCAUUGUGACAUGUCAGGCUGGCGCUAUUUUGGAAAAUUUAGAAUCGAAAGUACAAGAAAAAGGACUUUGUGUUCCUUUAGAUUUGGGUGCCAAAGGAAGUUGUCACAUUGGUGGAAACGUUUCAACAAAUGCUGGUGGUUUGAGAUUGAUUCGUUACGGAAAUCUUCAUGGAUCUGUGACGGGAGUUGAAGCGGUUACAGCUACUGGUCAGAUAAUGAAUUUGAUGUCAAAUUUCAAAAAAGAUAACACGGGAUAUCAUCUUAAACAUUUAUUCAUUGGAUCUGAAGGAUCAUUGGGAAUUAUUACACGUCUUUCUAUUCAAUGUCCAACAGCAUCGAAAGCUGUUAAUGUUAGUUUCUUGGGAUUGAAUUCUUAUGAUGACGUUAUGAACACGUUUUUGAUGGCGAAGAAGGAAUUGGGAGAAAUUUUAUCAUCAGUUGAAAUGAUCGAUGAAGUGUCGCUAAACUGCAGUAACAAAGUUUUCAACGGACAAUCACCAAUUGAUGUUUUUCCAUUCUACAUGUUGAUUGAAACUUCAGGAAGUAAUCAAGCACAUGAUGAAGAGAAAUUGAAUGAGUUUCUUCGGAAGGCAAUGGAAAGUUCUUUAGUUAUUGAUGGCGUGACAACAAAUGAACCUGGAAAAAUGCGAAACAUUUGGUUGAUGCGUGAAAGAAUUGCUGACAGUUUAAUUAAUAUUGAAGGAUAUUGUUUCAAAUAUGAUAUUUCGCUUCCGUUGACACAUUUUUAUGAAAUCGUGCCUGCAACAAAAGAACGUGUUGGAGAUUUAGCGAGUUUUGUUUGUGGAUACGGGCAUAUUGGUGAUUCCAAUCUUCAUUUAAAUGUUGCUUGCAAAAACUUCAACCAGGAAAUUUAUAAAGCAAUUGAACCUUUUGUGUUUGAGUACACAAGCAAAUUGAAAGGAAGCAUUUCAGCUGAACAUGGGAUUGGAUUUCAUAAGACUAAAUAUCUGAAAUAUUCUAAAACACCCGAAGCAAUUGCGUUUAUGAAACAAAUCAAGGAACUUAUGGAUCCAAAUGGAAUUUUAAAUCCAUACAAAGUUUUGCCUUUGUAA